AGGAAAAAAUCUCUCUAGACUGAGAUGGAUGUCUUGAGAUAAAUUCUGUCUGCAUUUACUGUAUCCUGUAAUAUUUCAGUAAAUCUCUUAUCGUUGACUUUAUUGUUGAUAUUGGCAGCAGGGAAUCAUUUCAGCAUGACUAACUGGCAUUUCACUGCUACCUGAAGCACACAGCCACUGGAUCCCCAUCUAAGGUUGCAAAGCUGAAGGGUGUGACCUCAGGCUUCAAACUCAUGCACCAGGUCCAGGAGCUGAAGGUGGACGUGGACUUUCCGGGAGAUGAUAUUCUGCAGAUUUACUCCCCAGAUGUCCAGCACUGUCAGCUGGCCUGCACACAACACCCUUCCUGCUUGUUCUUCACGUUUUUACGCUCUGAUUGGGACAAGGACAACAGGGCAUUUCACUGCUACCUGAAGCACACAGCCACUGGAUCCCCAUCUAAGGUUGCAAAGCUGAAGGGUGUGACCUCAGGCUUCAAACUUAUGCACCAGGGUAACAAAACAAAUACCUGUUUGUCAUCUACAUAUCAGGACGUAGAUUUCACAGGAUCAGACUAUGUCCAGUUGAACCUAAAUACUUUUGAUGAGUGCCAGAAGCAAUGCACCAGUGAUCCAGAUUGCAAAUUUUUUUCAUUUACAGCAAUGACCUUCCCACAUGCAGAAAACAGGAAAAAGUGCUUCCUAAAAUUUCGCUGGACUUUUCCAACACCAUCAGUACUCAUAAUAACACCCGGUCUUGUAUCAGGGUUUUCAGAUUCAUUGCAAAAAGAAGAAUGUAAGGAGGAGAUCUUUGCUAACAUUGAGAAUGACAUUGAGAACAUCCCUGCUGUCUCACCUCAACACUGUCAGUUUUUGUGUAGCACACAUCCCCGCUGCACACAUUUCACCUACACAACCUCCAAAUAUUCUACGAAGCCUGGGAUCAACAUGCAUUGUUUCCUAAAGCAUACAGACAGUGUAAGUGAGCUAGAGCUGGUAAAAGAAGAAGAACUUUUUUCUGGAUUUCCAACACGAAAUUGCACGCCCUCAAAUGUUUGGGCAACAGAACGCUGUGAAGGCCUGCACUUCUUUGGACAUGAUUACCAUGACUUUAAAACAGAUACAUCUGAGAUCUGUCAAGAAAGGUGCACAAACAAUCCAGACUGCCAUUUUUACACUUAUGUCCUACCUUCUCACCAUGAUGAGAAUAUCAGGCAUAUAUGUUAUUUGAAGCAAGUCAUGACUCUACCCAGACCUGAAAAGGUGGUGUACAAUUAUGGUGUGACAUCUGGCUUCUCUCUAAGGGACUGUAAAUCUAGUGGGAAUUAAUCUACUGCCCACAUUGCUAUGUUCCUUUAAGUGUUAUAAAAACAGUAAAAGUCUUGAGUCUAGGCCAGAAAGAUACAAUGACAUGCAAUAUAGGACUAUUGAUUUUGAUGAUUGGUUGUUGAAAGCUAUGGUAAUCUGUGACUGUUUUCUGGAAACAAUGGUGUUCAUUGACUGGUGAUGUAUCUACUGGUGAAUGUACUGUUUCUAACCAGCAGCUGUGAUGUGAGUUAGAGGGUCAUCAAACUUGCAGUACAGUUAUUAAAAUCUGUUCAAACCAUCACUAGAUUUGU